AGAUCACCUACAUAUUGUUAUCAAACAGCGAGAUGCCGUUCCGGUGGCACCAGACGUUCCAAUUGUUAGUCAACAAUGGGUGUACCUCGAGAAGCCUCAGAAUCUCUGUCGUCUGCAGCAAUGCCAUCCGCGAUUUCUAAAGCUCAAGAUCAGGAUGAGCCUGAGUUUCUAUGCUCUCGUCCUCGCAAAGCAGAGGAUCCGGUCCCAGUCACUCUUCUUCACCCUAUCUUUGCCGAGUUCGUGGAUGAUUGUCGAGACUUGAAACCGACUCACCACGGUUAUCGCUUUGUUCGGGAACUUUCAGAGAAGAUGUGCAUUUUCCCUCCGGACGAGAAUGCCCGUAUGGAUGAAUUCAGAACACAGCUCGCUUAUUUCUAUCCGAGUAUAACCCUCUAUGCUGCUGCAGUUGGUGCAAAAUCAUAUAGGACAGAUGGUCAUUUGAUAAUUGGUGGCAAGUUUGUGGCAGUGAUAGCAGAAGGGAAGAAAGAGAUCGGAGGCGGUGGUGCUGAACCGUUUGUGGAAGCCAUGUGGUGUCAGCGCCAGCUCAUAAAAAUCCUGAACAAUACAGAAUUUGACAUCGCAGAGCAUCGAUCUGUCUUCCCAUGUUUUCACAUCAUUGUAUUUGUACAUUAUCGACCAGAACUAGGCGCUUGCAUUGGUAUUGUGGGCUCUGUUUUUACUCGAAAGGACUACGACAAUGGCACUCAAUACUUCUUAUAUUAUCACAGUCAGCCCCUCCGACAUCGCCGUAUCUUCUUUGGGGAAACUUCCGUCAGUGAGAAGAUUUGUAUCAAAUAUGUCAAAUGGUACUCACCCGAGGCUCACCAGUUCUGUGCCGAGGAGGGACAUGCCCCAAGACUCAUUGCAUAUGAGUCUUUACCUGGUGGAUGGAAUAUGGUGUUCAGUCAGAUACCUGCUGCUGAACGCGGACCGCUGGAAAAGGCGGUCACUGAUUUCAUCCAUCAGUUUCACAAGAAGGACUUCGUUCACGGCGACCUCUGUGACACUAACUUCUUCCUACUAGAUGACAACUUCAUGCUUCUUGACUUUGACUGGUCAGGUGGGAUUGGCAAGACCCAUUAUCCUAUGCACGUCAAUUGCAAGGACAUCCAUCGUUCUUUGGAUGUGCAUGACGGGAACGAGAUUAAGGUGGCGCAUGACUUGGAGAUGCUGUGCUAUAUGUUUCAUCCCGAGGAGGUUGCUACGGGGGCUCCCCUUGGUUUGCAGUUGCUCGAGGAGGAUGAGAUGAACAUGGGCUAG